AACUCCGUCCUCAAGAUCUUUUCUCAUUUUCCUCUGUUUCUCACACCAAAAUGCUUCUCAAAUUCAAGACUCCUUUUGGAGACACUGGAGAAAAGAGAGGAGAUGAUGUCGGCUUGAGAAUCUUAACUCAAAUCUCUCUAGGAAAAAAACCCAUUAACGUCGUUGUAAAAUCUGUAUUAAUUAAACUCAACCCGCCCUCCGCUGCCGCCUCCACCGCUGCCACCCCUGAAUCUUGCUUCCUCAAAUCAUGCCAUCUAUGUAAGAACCAAUUAAGCCUGAACAAAGAAGUCUACAUGUACAGGGGUAAUCAGGGGUUUUGCAGCAUGGAGUGCAGGGAGAGGCAAAUUGUAGUGGAUGAAAUAAGAGAACUGGAAGAAUCUACUAAGCAAAGGGUACAAUCUUACCGGCGUUGCAGCGCUGCUGACCGACGGGAGACCCGCCUCCUCCUGGAGGAGCUCCGGCACCGGCAUAAAUCCCCUCCAAACCAAAACCAAAUACACUGGAUAAUCUGAUAAUAUUAAUUCAUAUAUUACAGUUCAUAACUGACAAUUUUUGUUCUGAACACACGGAUUUCCUCGAGCAUAAAGAAAAAUUAAAUGCCUUCUGUAUUUCAAAAUUUUCUGUACUGUUUAUUAAUUUUUCGUUUUUGCUAAGUUACAAAAAUGAGGCGUGCAAGGAAGAGUGCCAGGCUAUUUUUGUAGUAUGUUAAAUUCACGUCUUUGUUUGAUUAAAGAAAAAAAAAUCUU